AUGUCUGCAUUCAUAGCACCAGCAGUCAAUGCUCAAGAUCUUAUAAAUAGGAUCUUGCAGCUUAAACAGAUUACUGAGAAACUUGAAGAGCAGAACUGUAAAUUGAAAGAUUAUAAUAAGCAGCUUGAGACCCAGGUUAUAAUCAUCUCAUCUACCAGACAACAGAAAAAGAAAGAUAAAGUCAAAGUCAAUCCACCAGAACCUUUCAAGAAUAUGAAAGGCAAAGAACUUAACAGUGACAAGAACAAGGUAAUAAUGGCAGUAUCAUAUCUUUAUGAAGCAGUAUUUGAUUGGUUUAACAUUUAUCUGUGGAAUUACUAUGAGAAAGAUGAAGAUAACCAGAAUGAUGACAACCUAACAGCAAAAACAUUAUGA